AUGUUUUAUGGGAUUCCGAAGUCUCCAGCCAACCUCGUACCUAAAAGCCGCCGCUCACUUCACUCUGCAGCAGCAGCAGAAACACGACUCGUGCGUGCUUCCGAUCUUUCCGCUCUCUUGCAAGGCCGCGUUCUCCGCCCUCAUCUCCUUCAAAUCCACGCCCGAGUCUUCAGGCUCAACGCCCAGCAGGACAAUCUGGUGGCGACCCGUCUCAUCGGCCAGUACCCAUCUCGCGUCGCGUUCAGAGUUUUCGAACAACUGAAGAGCCCCAACGUCUUCCCCUUCAACGCCAUCAUAAGGGUCUUCGCCGAGGAGGGCCUGUUCCCAGAGGCUUGGUUCCUCCUCAAGGCGUGCUUUCGAUGCGCGAGCGUCAGUCAAGUGGGUCAGAUCCACACCCACGUGCUCAAAGCUGGGUUUUGUGAGGAUCCUGUCGUGUGUAACGGCCUUCUCUCUGUUUAUGCCAAGUCCGUUAAGGAUGUCGUUUCCGCCCGUAAGCUGUUUGAUGAAAGUCCCCAGAGGAAUUCGGUCUCUUGGAGUUCUUUGAUUUCUGGUUAUGCUCAGUCAGGCCGGGCUGAAGACGCGUUGCGGCUUUUUGUUGACAUUGUCCAGGAGAAUUUGAGGCUUGAAGAUGAAAUCCUUGUGAGCGUCUUAUCGGCUUGUUCUACUAUUCAGGUCGCCCAUUUAGAAAGAUGGGUUAGUAUUCUGUCGAAAUUUGUUGAAGAUGUGAAUCUUGAUGAUAUUAAACGUGAUUCAAUCAAUAUUGUUCUUAUACAUUUGUAUGGAAAAUUGGCGAGAAUAGAUAAGUGUAGGGAAAAAUUCAAUGAAAUAACUAAUCAUGGAGUUAGAAGAUUGCUUCCUUGGAAUCUCAUGAUAACUGCAUUUGUGCAAAAUGGUUGCCCUAUGGAGGCCCUGCAUAUUUUCCACCAAAUGAUAGAGGAUAGCAACCGAAAGCCUAAUGAAGUUACGAUGGUUAGUGUCCUUUCUGCCAGUGCUCAGGUUGGUGAUUUGGAUCUUGGCAAAUGGGUUCACAAUUAUUUGAGGUCAGAAGGCAGCAAAGGCAUUCUUCAAUCAAACAAAGUUCUGGCAACUGCAUUUAUAGACAUGUAUUGUAAGUGCGGGAGGCUGGAGGGGGCUAAAGAAGUUUUUGAUCAGAUGAUAUGCAAAGAUAUUGUCUCGUUCAAUGCUAUGAUCAUGGGCCUUGCGAUGAAUGGUGAAGGAGAAGAGGCAUUGCGGCUAUUUUCCAGCAUCCAAGAUUUAGGUCUGCAUCCUGAUUCUAGCACAUUUCUUGCAGCUUUAUGUGCAUGCAGCCACUCAGGUUUGUUGGAGGAGGGACAGAGGAUCUUUUCAGAGAUGCAGAUGAGAAUUUCAGUCUCUCCCAGUUUGGAACACUAUGCCUGUUAUAUUGAUCUCCUUUCACGUGUGGGUCGUAUUGAAGAAGCCUUAGAAGUUGUUGCCUCUAUGCCUUUUGAACCUAAUAACUUUGUAUGGGGUGCUUUGCUUGGGGGUUGCCUGCUCCAUGCUAGGGGAGAACUAGCUCAGCAUGUAUCGAAAAGCUUGUGCAGGUUGACCCUG